GCUGAUAUAGUGAAUGCAGGGUCUGGGGAGAGCGGAUAUAGUGAAUGUAGGGGGUCCGGGAGACUGGAUAUAGUGAAUGCGGGGGUCCGGGGAGAGCGGAUAUAGUAAAUGCGGGGUCCAGGGAGAGCGGGAUAUAGUGAAUGCAGGGUCCGGGAGAGCGGAUAUAGUUAAUGCAGGGUCCGGGAGACUGGAUAUAGUGAAUGCGGGUCCGGGGAGAGCGGAUAUAGUGAAUGCAGGGUCCAGGGAGAGCGGAUAUAGUGAAUGCAGGGUCCAGGGAGAGCUGAUAUAGUGAAUGCAGGGGUCCGGGGAGAGCGGAUAUAGUGAAUGCAGGGUCCGGGAGAG